AUGUUUGAAGGUGGUGCAGAUCCUAUGGUAGCGGAUGACUACAUGGAGCAAGUUGAAACUCAAUUAACUUCUAUGGAUGUGAAGGAGGAUCAUUUGAAAAUUAUCCUAGCUACUUAUAAGUUUACAAAGGAUGCCAAGUUUUGGUGGAAAUCGAUAACAAAUCAAUAUAAAGUUGAAGAGAUAAGUUGGGAUAGAUUCAAGGAGCUGUUCUAUGAGAAAUAUUUCACUGCCUCCAAUAGGUGGGAGUUAAAGAAUCAGUUUAUUGGCCUUAUCCAAGGCAAUAUGUCAGUGACAGAAUACAAGAACAAGUUCACGUCUCUUUCCCGCUUUGUUCCAGAGAUGGUGAGUAAUGAAGUUGAUAAGGUUCAGAAGUUUAGCUCCGGACUUGACUACAAAAUGAAGCCGUUGUUAAUAGCACAGGGCAUCAAGGUUUAUUCUGAGGUAGUGGAAAGGGCAUUAAUGUUAGAGGUGGAGGCCAAAGAUAAAGAAGCAAGAAGGGAACAAUUGAGGCAAAAGAGGAAUAUAGGACCAUCUGCAGAGGGACCUUCAGGGAAAAAGAACAGGGGUGGUUCAUCUCAGUUUCAGGGGCAUCCGUUUGCACGAUCUGCUCCUACCACUCCUAUGCCAGCUGGGUCAGAUAAGAGUGCAGUUGUUUGUUAUCAGUGUUAG